GGGGAGAAGGCUGGGGCAUGGUGAUCCCGGUCAUAUGCUAGACGCGCACCCAGCUCUCCGGAGCGCGUGCAGCCGAGCGCCCCGGCCGCGGUUCCCCGGUAGGCGCUGCGGGCUUCCCGGCUCCCCGCUGCCCCCGGCACCCGGGCGGGCCAUGCGCCCGGGCUAGAGCUUAGCCGCCGGCAUGCCGCUCCCGCUGCUGCUUGCCGCGCUCUGCCUCGCCGCCUCCCAGGCGCCCGCGCGAGCCUGCCAGCUGCCAUCGGAGUGGAGACCCCUGAGCGAAGGCUGCCGCGCCGAGCUGGCCGAGACCAUCGUGUAUGCCAAGGUGCUGGCGCUGCACCCCGAGGUGCCCGGCCUCUACAACUACCUGCCGUGGCAGUACCAAGCUGGAGAGGGAGGGCUCUUCUACUCCGCGGAGGUGGAGAUGCUGUGUGACCAGGCAUGGGGCAGUAUGCUGGAGGUGCCCGCCGGCUCCAGGCUCAACCUUACCGGUCUGGGCUACUUCUCCUGCCACUCCCACACGGUGGUCCAGGACUACUCCUAUUUCUUCUUUGUAAGGAUGGAUGAAAAUUACAAUCUCUUGCCGCACGGAGUCAAUUUCCAAGAUGCCAUCUUUCCAGACACACAGGAGAACAGAAGGAUGUUUUCCAGCCUUUUCCAGUUUGCUAACUGUUCCCAAGGUCAGCAGCUGACAACUUUCUCUAGUGACUGGGAGAUCCAGGAAGACAACAGGCUCAUGUGCUCCUCGGUGCAGAAGGCCCUGUUUGAGGAAGAGGACCAGGUCAAGAAGCUGCAGCAGAAAGUGGCCACCCUGGAGAAGCGCAACAGGCAGCUCCGAGAGCGGGUCAAGAAGGUCAAGAGGUCUCUAAGGCAGGCACGCAAGAACAGCCGCCACCUGGAGCUGGUGAACCAAAAACUCAAUGAGAAGCUAGGGGGCGCUAGUGCUCAGCAGCACAUCAACGCUCUGGGCCGGGAGCCCGCGCGCGCCCCCUAUCGGCAUGGGUAGCAGGUGCAGGUGGACGCAGGCCUGCCUUGCCUGUGCGGGGUGACAGAGAGAAUAAACGGGGCUGGCUAUAUGCACUUAUUUCAAACAUUAUAGGAGAUACCCGGCAGGCAUUUGAUAGAGUCUAACAGGGCAAAGGGCAAGUCUUGCUUUCUUUCCCAUUGGGUGCUGGCCUUACUGGGCGUUUGGCUUCAGAUUCCAUGUGCAGCAUGUCCUCUUUCUGUCCUGGUGUCACACAAGGGCCUUAAAACCGGAAGGCAAUAGGAUCUUGAGUCUGUCCCUCAGCCUCUAGAGAGUCCCUUCACUGCGGAGAGAACAGUCUAGAACCUCGGUAUACACAAAGAUAUCACGGGAGUCUUUAUUUCAGAGAGUCAGGGUUGAGUCUCAGCAACCAGGGCGGGCACGCACAUGCGCUGUUCUAAAUCGUUCUGGAACGUUCUGCCUUUUCUUGUGUUUUUAGAAACGGUGUCUACAUGCAAAUGUGCAGGGCAUCCACCCGCACUUCAGUCAGCAUUUUUCCCACAGCCGAAGCACGUUAAGACUUAAUGAGUUCAUUACAGGUAAGGGAACUGGGCAAGGAGCUGAGGCAGCUGGUAAUUGGUAAAGAUAAAUUAUAUCUGUUUUCCAACCCCAGCUCCUCGGGGCUGACAUGAUUGCCUACAGGAUCUUUAAUCUCAAGAGCAAUUGCCUUUCGGACACUCCAUAUUUCAUCACCCAUAUUCCCAAAUUGGAAUUAAGCUCAGCCAUUGUGGAGUCUCAACUUUGUGUUUGCUCAGCUUUGCCAUGUCUUUGAGUUCAAGAUUUUCUACUCUGUAAAUACAUCUUUCUGCCUGGAGGGAUUCCAUAAGCUCUAUGCUCCCACCUGGGCGCCUAAAGGGCUUUGGUCAAGUGUUCUAACCCAAGUGUCUAUGCAAUCUCCAAGCCUCUGGCCUGAAACACACACACACACACUCAGUUCAGGUCCCCAUAAAAGGUCUACGUGUACCCUGAUAAAAGUAUUUGCAUAGCAGACACUUUCUCUUAAUCGGUUCUUUUAAUCAGGAAGAGUGCUCUCACCAUCCUUCCCAUGGCCACUUUUGGUCACAUCCCAGCUAUGUCACUAAGAAGUCAGCUGAGCGGUUGUUGGUCCAUCUCUUCCGAGGAUGGCCCUCCAGAGCUAAUGCCCCUCCACACUGUCCCGCCCACAGAAAGAUUCCUUCAGCUCCACACCGUCGACCACGCAGAACCCAUCCCAGACACACACCGUUACUGCCACAAUGAUAACUUUCUGCUUGUAGGGAGUCCAGGCACCUCUGUGAGAAGUACCUUGUAUUACAUGAGAUCGGUGGGGGUGGGGAUAAGUCUGUACCCUUGGCUGGACAGGGCAUGAUGGGAAGGAGCUUCUAUUCUGGGACCAGUCUUCACCCACCCUCCUCCCACUCAGCCUCUUUAAGCAGUGCUGUUCAUAAUAUGCUGCAUAGGUGUGCCUUCUCAUUUAAUUGUCCCUGGGAACGUUAGGUUAAAGCGGUUUCUUUACCUCCCAAGGGAAUGGUGAGCUUAGAGGCGGGAGAGCCAUGACUUUGAGAACUGUGGAAGUCACAGAUGCCUUAUGUUCUGCUUUUCCAAUAAACAAGACCAGUGGUUCCAACGGCUGUUUAAAAAAAAAAAAAAAUGAGUGUGUCUUUGGAUCGGGGAGGCUUGAGGAUUUCCAGCUUCAACCUGGAAAAGUCAUUUAAAGCCUUUGGGGAGAUAGCUGGAGUGACCCCGGAACACUGAGGAGACUGUUGGAGCCUGAUCUCCUGCCCUUCCCUGAUGGAUGUGGUCUGAGUCUCCCUCCCCCACACCCACCCCCAGUUCAGGGCUCUCAGCGCACCUGUGCUCCCGCUAUGCGGCUCCCUGGGGACAAGCGGUAUCAUUAAUCAAAGUCUCCAGACAUGCACUGAAGUCUUGCUAAGGGAGACUUCCCUGGGUCCCAUAAUCUUCUGCCUUGUCAUCUUGCCAGAGCCCCUGCCACCUGUUAAUCAUACCAGUAAAAUGUUUAAUGUACCGUAGGAGGCCGACUCCAAGCAUGGCUCAGAACAUGACACACUUUCUUCGGUCUGUCCUAGACAUCUCUGUGAAAUGCAGGCGAUUGCUUUAUUCCCCUUCAAGGUACCAGAAGACAAAACGAAUUUUCCAAAAUCACAUAGUAAUCAAAAAAGCGGGAGGACUCAUUUGCUCUUUGAAGACGCAGAGACUCUUUGACAGUCCCACUGGCAAGGUGUGGCCCACAGCAAGUGUGGGGAUGAAGCCCCCACACUUCAAGAUGUUGAAUGCCAACGUCUUUGGUGGAUUCCCAUUCAAGGCACCAUCUCUGCUGUGCUGUUUACUCUGUUUUAAAACACCCGUUUUAAACACCAGUCUGUAUUGCACAGUAUGGUUCCGGCCUAGAAGAAGUUACUGGAAUCUUGCAUCGGGAACACAAAACUUAUCUAGUUGGAAGAGACAGGCUUUUAAAACUCAAAUCACAAUGACUUCCAAUCAUAUGGCAGAAUCAACAAUUCAUAGUCUGUUUUUACCAAAACCUGCACCCUAACUGGUAGGGAGGUGCACACCUACCAUCCUCCCUUGGGAGGCAGAAGCAGGAGAAUCAUUAGUUUGAUGUUAGUCUGAGCCCUGUUGCAAGACCUCAAAGCUCUCCCUAAAAACAAUAGAGCACCCCAGUUCAUAUGAGGUUUGGCCCACAAGAUAUUUCAUUUAAUAUUCUUAAUAAUUUUACAAAGUAGGAUUGAUUCUCCAACAGGAAUCGAGGUUUCAGGACAUAAAGGGCCUAAGGUGCAAACUGUACAUACGUAAACGGAGCACUCAGUUCUGCCUUCAGCUCCCUCCCAUCUCCUUGCCCUGAGAUUGGCUGGAGGACUGGGCUGUCAUUAAGAUAGGCCACACCUCCUUACCCUAAGAUUGGUUGGACUAGAUGUCAUUCAGAUGAGCCACACCUCCUUGCCCUGAGAUUGGCUGGAGGACUGGGCUGUCAUUAAGAUAGGCCACACCUCCUUACCCUAAGAUUGGUUGGACUGGAUGUCAUUCAGAUGGGCCACACCUCCUUGCCCUGAGAUUGGCUGGAGGACUGGGCUGUCAUUCAGAUGGACCACACCUCCUUGCCCUGAGAUUGGCUGGAGGACUGGGCUGUCAUUCAGAUGGACCACACCUCCUUGCCCUGAGAUUGGUUGGAGGACUGGGCUGUCAUUCAGAUGGACCACACCUCCUUACCCUGAGAUUGGCUGGAGGACUGGGCUGUCAUUCAGAUGGGCCACACCUCCUUGCCCUGAGAUUGGCUGGAGGACUGGGCUGUCAUUCAGAUGGACCACACCUCCUUGCCCUGAGAUUGGCUGGAGGACUGGGCUGUCAUUCAGAUGGGCUACACCUCCUUGCCCUGAGAUUGGCUGGAGGACCGGC